GGCUUCAUGCUUAUAUAUUUGGGCCCGCCCCCCAAGUUGGGAAGUCAACAUAAUUCCAGCAAUGUCAAAAUCUGGAACAUUUGAUCUGGCUUAUGGGGUUGGUGGCAAGAUUGAGAAAAAACAAGUACUUUCAGCUGUUGAAAAGUAUGAAAAAUAUCAUGCAUGUGAUGGAGAAGCGGAGGAAGAGAGGAAAGCUAACUACAUUGAUAUGGUUAACAAAUAUUAUGAUCUAGCAACAAGCUUUUAUGAGUAUGGGUGGGGUGAAUCUUUCCAUUUUGCUCCAAGAUGGAAAGGGGAAUCACUUCGAGAAAGUAUCAAACGGCACGAGCACUUUCUUGCUCUGCAAUUAGGGGUAAAGCAAGGACAAAAGGUUUUAGAUGUUGGAUGUGGAAUUGGUGGCCCCUUAAGAGAAAUUGCCAAAUUUAGUGGUACAUAUGUUACUGGAAUUAACAACAAUGAAUAUCAAGUAACACGAGGAAGAGAACUAAACCAUAUUGCAGGAGUUGACAACAUAUGCAAUUAUGUGAAGGCUGACUUCAUGAGUAUGCCAUUUGCUGACAACAGCUUUGAUGGAAUCUUUGCCAUAGAAGCUACAUGCCAUGCCCCAGAUGUGUUUGAUUGCUACAAGGAAAUAUUCAGAGUGUUGAAGCCUGGCCAACAUUUUGCUAAUUACGAGUGGUGCAUCACUGAUUUCUUUGAUCCUAAUAAUUCGAAUCACCGGAGAAUCAAGCGUGAGGUGGAGCUUGGUAAUGGACUUCCUGAUAUCAGAUCAAUGGGACAGUGCAUUGAAGCGCUGAAACAUGCGGGUUUUGAGAUUAUUUGGGACAAGGAUAUUGCUAUCGGCUCUCCUCUUCCUUGGUAUUUGCCUCUGGAUAAAAGUCAUUUCUCCUUAAGUAAUGUCCGCGUGACAGCUUUUGGACGCUUUUUCACCAGAAACAUGGUCAAAAUAUUAGAGCAAGUCGGCCUCGCCCCUGAGGGAAGCCAAAAGGUUCAAGCAAUCCUGGAGCAAGCUGCAGAUGCACUUGUUGAGGGUGGAAAGGAAGGCAUUUUCACUCCAAUGUAUUUCUUCUUGGCGAGGAAGCCUUCUGCCGCUGAUUUAUUAACCUAAUUCUUCCUCGAUAU